AUGAUCCGAGACAGAGCCGUGCACGCCUGCACUGCGGCCACGUUCCUCUGCAGUUUGGUGUGCACAACGCGGUGCAGCGUUACUAGAUGUAUGCCUGUUCCCGCUAAUGCACUUGACGAGCGGCCCUGCGGUGUACGUUUGAAUGCAGCAGGCACGGAACACCCAGACCACAUCUACGGCUUUUCCUGCUUCAAAGCUAAAGGAAUUUCUGUGGACCCUACAGCAUCAACGAGGCCUGCGCCAGACGCGGUAGACGACCCCGGAGAUGUGGAGGACUUCGCAUCUCGUAGCAGAGGAAGUCUGGAAGAAGAGGAGUACGACAGCGUUUUGACCGGCUUUGCUCAAGGAGCUGCAGACGCCCUGCUCUCUUAUUCCUCACACGCGCUGCAGCUACUGGAAUAUAUUCGACUGCUUCGUCACUGUGAAUUCCGCUGCCGACGUGAACCCGCCACUACUCCACGCGCCUCGUGGGGCAAGUUGUCACUUGUGGUGUUUGCUUCUGAGCACGCCCCCAGAAUACAGAGGAUCCUGCACUUCGAUCCGCCUCCUCUUCGCGUGAAGCGCCUGAUCAGGGUCGCACUACGAGCUCAGAAGACGCCACACAGGUCAGCGACGGAGUCCGCGCAGAGGUACAGAGGGGAUGUCGCAGCAUCAGUACCAGGCAAAGUUACGGACGUGCGCACGACGAAAAUCACUCUCCGUCGGAGGGAGCGUGUCUGCAGUGGAGUCUGCGCGUGGACAGCGUUUGCAUGUCCUGUCUGUCGCAAAAGGACUUCGCGGCAUCACUUUCGUGAUAAGCUCUACGCGUGCACCACGUAA